GGUUGCGUUAAAAAUAUAAACAGUUUGGCGGUAAAGAUGGAGGCGGCAGAGAGUAAGAUCUCAGAAAGUGGGGAAAUAAAGGAAGAAUACAGGGUGCAGGUAACUUCGAAGAAGGAAGUGAGUGAACAGGUGAAUAAGUAUAAAGAACUUUUAAAGACGGCUCUGGACGGACAGCCGGAGGACUUCCCGGAGGAGACGAAGAGGGUUUUACUGCAGGAGCUGCUGGCGAAUUUUGAGGUUGCUGUUCAGGCUAAUGUGCUGGUGAAUGGAAGCCCUUGGGAGGAGGUGCCUGAUGAUGAAGAGGUCGAACCUAUAGAUCUGGAAAGCCUCCUGGACGAUACCGUCGUUGAGACCACAAGAAGGCGCCGUACAUUCCCCAAAAAGAUCCUUCCCCAUGUGGUGCAUGCCCUCAAGGCUGAGCGCAAAGUCAUGGAGCUGUAUGAGCGGACAGUCAAACCUCAAGAGGUGGUCAAAGAUUCUGAUCAAGAGAACAUCAUGAAUGAUUUGUCAGCAGCUGCUCCUGGGGUGGUAAAGCAGGCCAUCCAGGUUAUAAAGUCUAUCAACACUCUGCAAACACAAGCUGAAGGCCUCUGUGAAAUCCUCAAAACGAAACCCAGUCAAGCCUCUCUGGAGAUCCACAGAGAAGUGUUUGGUUUUAAUGACCAAUCAGAAGCUCCCUUUCCCCCUGUGAAAAGCGCUAUGGGAAACAAACAACCAAUUAAGAGAGCCGUAGAGGAAGCGGCAGCCGCAGAGGGCUAUGUGCCCCAAGCCAAGAAACCAGAGUGCUCCGUGGGAGAGGGCAAGCUGGAGUGACACUUCAAGCUGAUGUAAUGGAGGAAAAAAGUUAAAUUUUCCACAGUUGGAGAAAAAGACGCUUCAUGUUUAUUUUGAAAACAGCCCAGAUUUUUCUGAAAUAUGAAGAGAUUUUGCUGAAUUCAUGCAGAAAGAUUAAACCAGAGCCAAAAGCUGCAGCUCCUCUAACGGCCGCUUGAGCCUGACUGUAAAAGCAGUGAAUCCCAAUGGAGACUCCAACUUUACUGCAGAAAUAUGUGUUAUGGAAAAAUUCUUCUUUGCAGCCAAUUUCACCCUUUUUUUUUUUUUUUAAUUUUAAAUGCAGUUUUUCUUUAAUAACUCAGCUGUAUUGAUUUUGUUAUGGCUUAAAGGUGGGGGCUGCUUUCACAGGCAGCUGUUACCUCUGCGCCUCACCUCGGCUGAUUCAGUGCACUUUUCUGUGCUGUCGGUGCAUUUUGGAGCCUUUUAUUAUCUGACAAAUGAUAAACUCUGUCCUGCUUUGAGGUUCAGACCAUUCAGGAAGCUUCUGCUUCAUUUUUGGUGAGUGAAAUUCUAGUAUUUUAUUACACUGCACUGAUUAACAGGCCUCAGUCUGCGUGUCUGUGCCAGACUGCACUCGCCCACUGUGGGCUCUGGAAAACCAGAACGGUGGUGGCCAAAACAGCAACACUGAGACCUUAAAAUGCAAGAGAUUAUGUCACAGUGCGUACAUCCUUUUUUUAAUAUUCAUUCUGUGGCUGAAAUUAAUAACCGUAAACGUGCUCAGUCUUUACCAUGAAGCCAAACAGAAGUUUCUGUUUCAUGUGUGGGCUGAAAGUUUUCCCAACCAGAAAUGCACAAAACUGCCUGAUUUGUGUUUCCAGUUGCAACAAAAAGUGUCAUCAGAGGUUUAAUCCUCUGCAGCUUUUCCACGUUGUCUCAGCUCGACCGGCACCAGAUUCAUUUGUGUUCCUUUAGAAGAACAUUUUACCCUGAAGGGAUUUUUGCUAUAGGAGCCCUCACGUGAUUUUUAGUGCUGAGGAUUUGAGUGAAUCAAAUAAGUGAUUUCUGUUCUGGUGGCACGGUGGUGAUCACUGUUGCCUCACAGCAGGAAGGUCCUGGGUUUGAAUCCACCAUCUGGCCGGUCCUUCCCGUGUGGAACGUCUCUGCGAGGAUAAGAGAAGAUGGAUUUCUGUUAUCUUGUGCAUAUUGUAUAAAACAUAAUUCCAGAUGCUUUGCUUGUAUUUUCUCCUUGAAUAAAACUUCUUCCUCAUGUUUGACAGUUUAUGUCCCACUUUAAAGAGAUAUAUAAACUUUUUAUGUACAGUUAAGGUGUGUCAGUUUGAUUAAAUAUGUGAUUGUGUUGCUACUUUAUGAUAUGGGUAUAUUUUAAUGCAAAGAAUUUGCUUUUGUGAAUCUAACCAAGUAGUUUUGGUGCUUAAAUUGAAUGAAUCUG